CAUCACAUCCGGGAUUUUAUUUCGACUGACUGCCCGCCGCCAUGAUGAAUCGAAGCGGGGUUUUGCGAUUAGAAACGCGAAGCCGAGCCAAAGAUGACGUUAAACGGGUUAUGCUCUCUGUGGAGCGAGUUAGGAAAUGGGAAAAGAAAUGGGUAAAUGUUGGAGGUGGAAACUGCUCUUUGAAAGUCUUCAAAUGGGUUCCAGCUGUAAUUUCAGAUUCAGACAAGAAGCAGGAAAAGACAGGAGCCAAGCAAAAGAGACAAACAAGAAAUGCCAUAGAGUAUCCUGAGAAAGAUAACCAAUCAGUAACAUCAAGCACAGGAGGAACUAAUGGCAGUAAUGCUUCCUCACCUACCAUGGCUAGUCAGUCUCCGGAUUUGAACAAAAAGAACCAACAGAAUGGCAAAUCAAAUGUGAAAGAGCAGUUUAGUGGAAGUAAGAGAGACCACAGCCAAAUAGAGGGCGAGGACAGCCAAGGAGGAAAUGAAGAAGGUAGUGAAAUGGGGAGCUUUAUGCAAGAUGAAAACUCAUGUAGUGCCUUUGACAUAAAUGAAGACAGUAACCUCGACAGCAUUAAUGGUGACAGUGAAGCAGCAAAAGACAUGGAGUUUGACAGUCAAGAUGAUUCUAACCUCCCUGGGAGUGAUGAUGGAAUCAAUAGACACUUCAGGAUACCUCAAGAUCAGAGUAACGAAAAUAGCAGAGACCCAGUACAGGAUGAAGGCGAUGAGAGCAACACUGCAAUAUCUACCAUUAGUGAGGAGAGUACCACAAUUUCAUAUCGGCUGGGCCUCAACAUGCUACAAGAUGAAGAAGAUUCUAGGGAUAGUACAGCAUCAAACCAAGCCACUACCAAAAAAACGUCAAUUGCUGCAUCUAGCCAGUGCACGGAGCAAAGCAAACAUACUUUUAGCAAGCCCUCCUUAGAAUCAUCUAGGUCAGAGAACCACAGCAAGAUUGGAAGCCCGCCGCCCCUAAAGAAGCACAAAGCUGAUUUUCCUGAGCAGCCAAAGUCAUAGUUUAUGUUAGUAUGUAUGUUCUGUGGCUACAGUAUCAAAAUCACUUUCUUCUAUGUUUAUCAGUCAUUUCAGUCUAACAUUCAAACUAAAGUAAUGCAAAUUAACCAUGACCAAAAUUGUCCAUUGGAAGGUAAAUGGCAAUUGUAAAUGGCAAAUAACUGAAACAGAUUCCUAAACUCUUGAAAUUCACCUCACACCAUGUUUUAUAUAUGGGUGUUUUCACCAUUCAAGCUGGUUUAAAAAUCCUGGAUCUGCCCCUGAGCAUAUGACUUCAUAGAGGUAAUCACUAUGCAGUAUGACGUUGGCACCACUUGCCACUACUUGGAUAGGGUUCAUGCAGUGGAACUGCGAUAAUUACACUGUUGUCAUUUGCUAUCUUUGCCUUUGCAACACUCUCUUUGCCUUUGCAACACUCUAAGUUUAAAUAAGGGGACGAAGCAAACAUCAUUCUGCAUUAAGUUAUAUAGUGGAACCCUGAUAGAAUUAGAUACCUAGAUACCUAACUCAGAUCACUUCAAGUACUGAUGAACACCUUGCUGAUUCAAAUUGUUUUUCAUCUCUUUUGGGGUUUGAGUCAGCAGGGUCCUGCUUUAUGCCAUCACAAUAAAAUAAAAUAUUUUAGCUGGAAAUCAUUCUUUGCAUGACUGAUAAUCAUAGAUUACAGUACAUUUUUCUCUUCUACAACAAAGAACAGAUAUAAGAUAAGAGUAUAUCGUUAUUUAUAAUGCAGACUGCAUGAGGAAGUGUUCUCUACUGUUAAUAAAGUUUUUGUAGCCAUUAUACAAUGUAAAUAUUUUUUGGUUACUGCUACUUGAAUAUUAUUUUAAUUUCUUUCUUUUAUUUAAUAAUUCUUUUCUUUGUUAUUCAUACAGUAUUGUAGUUCAGAACAUGUUUAAUAUCCCAUAGAAAUCAUUUUGUAUCUUAAAAAGAACUGUUUUUUUUCUAUUUUGUCUAACAUGCUUAGAUACAGUAUUUGCUUGAGUGAGUCUACAACUACAUGUUAGUCAUUGUCACCAUGAUUCAUACUUACUUUUUGCAUGGCAAAACAAAAACAAGAGUUAUUGUAGGAUAGAAAAAACUGUAAACAAAAUUAAUUCAAUUCCAAUAAAUACAACAUUGAUCACA